AUGGCUUUAAAGUUGGUUCUUGUUUUUUUUGUUGUGAUGAGUGCUAAUAUUUUCACUUCUUCCACUGCAAGAAACCUUGGUGUUUCUGAUGAAAAGCAGAUUGUAGUUCCUCCAUUUAUUGGUGGAGAUAUCGGUAUAGAUAUUGGUGAAGGAGGAGGAGGAGCUAACGGAGGAUUAAUUGGUAUAGAUAUUGAUGGUGGAGGAAAUGGUGGAGUUGGUGGAGGAAUUGGUAUAGAUAUUGGUGGAGGAAAUGGAGGAUUUGGUAUAGGAAUUGGUGGAAUUCCUUGA